AUGACAUCUCUUGGAUAUCAUAAAUAUUUAAUAGUCAGGUACUCGUUUGCUGUCAACUCAUCUCAAUGGACGCAUAACAACGAUGCAGAUAUGUUCAUCGUUCUCGAAAAUAUGUAUUCAUCCGACGCACUUGCUCGAUCCACCGGAGAGCCACUGCUCAAGAUUACAAGGCGUAAUGACGAAUUAGAAUGCGUCAACCUGUCGUAUAGCACGUUGAACCCACGCGCGUUAAUGAAAUAUCCCGUAUUUGGAUUAAAAUACCACCAAAAUUAUCAAAACUCGUUGCAACAGCGUAAAUUUCAAGUAAAAUUUAUUGAUACGGAUGACUAUAUAGAAUGCGGGAGAAUAGUCUCGAGAUAUAUCAAUUGCAAGUUUAUACGAUCAAAUGACCAGUCCUUAUCGCAAAAGAACAACACCAAACCACAAUUUACAGCUACGAUGCAGCCCACAUCUAAUUUCUUAGCAUCUAAUGAACAAGGAAUAAAGAGCGAAGCGAACAUGACAAAAAAUCGACCCACGGUCCAUUUGCCCAUCAAAUCAAACACUCAAAACAUAACAGACAACCACAACUACAUACCGCAGUCGAAUAUCUCUCUCCCUGCAUCAUUCGCUCAGUUGAAUAAUGAAAAACAACCUCCCGCCUCUCAGAUAUCUUUACCGCUGGCAAAUCAUAGCUACAAUAUUGCCGUAUCAUCAAAUGCCACGCCUGAAGAACCGCAAGUCGGUAUUAUAAAGAACCAACGACAAACAGCUACGACCACAAACCCAUUUUCGUUUGCUUGUCAUGACAAUCACACAACUUACGAUCGUUAUCAACCCUCAGUAUCAACCAAAUCACACACCAUGUCAAAUGCUGUCUGCCUCUGUGCCCCUAGUUAUCAAUCCAUGCAUACAGAUCACUUAUCUCGUUCUUUAGGUUUAUUACGCUGUAUACCAGAGGAUAAUAGACGUGUAAAGACGGAGGAAGAAAGACAAGGAGGAACAACUGUUGGGUGGCAAAGCGUUAUUGAUUUGAUUAGUGACGAUGAGGGUGACGAUGUCUUGGAUACCUCCAUCUCGUCCCAUACUGGAUUGUCCUCACCAAGUUACCCAAUUCACGAUGCUAUACUGAAGGAGUGGAUGAUUAACAUACUCCAGGAUCCAGAAUUUCCUUUGCUUGUUGAGAGGGUUAAUACAAUAUUGAAGAGCACUUGA